AGACAAAUUCGUCGAUUUCUAACGUCAGACAUCCAGCACCUCCAAUUAUCUUCCUGCUGUCACUCUGCUAGCUGUCCCACUUUCUCUCUCUCCUCACCUUCAUAAAUUACAACUUCCCUUCUUCCUCUUCUUCUUUCCUACUUUUCCAAUUCUCUUCGAUUUUCUUCUAAUUUUUUGUUGAUUUGCUUCCAACAAUUCUUUCCAAUGGAAGAUCGCAAAGAUAAAGAGAGAAAUGCAUCAUGGCUAUCUGUGCCACAAUUUGGAGACUGGGACCAGAAGGGACCAUUGCCAGAUUACUCGCUUGAUUUCUCGAAAAUUAGAGAAAUGAGGAAACAGAACAAAAGAGAUCCAUCGAGGGCCAGUCUUGGUAAUGAAGAAGAUUUUAUCAAUCCAACUGCUCCUGCUAACAACAAAGCAAACGGUGACGAACAGCAGCAUUUGAAUCAAAGCCACUCUCCAACUCCGAGGAAGAGCUUCCUGAGCUACUUCAACUGCUGUGUAAGAGCCUAAGCUUUGGAAGACUGCAAUCCAAGAAGUAGAAUGGUGAUAAUAUGCAGACCCUGUAUCUAAAUCGAUCUCCUUAUUAUCCAGUUGCCUUGUGGUCCUCUUCUACUUUUCUUUGGUUUUCACACGGCAAUGUCCUGUAUUUCGGUUGUAAUUUGUCUUCAAGAGCUAACUUCAAAGCUGGACUUCCUAAAAAUGACUUCCAAAUACAAUCAAAUCAAUCAAUUUGUUCAUUCCGAAAACAAUCUGAAUGCAUUAUAGAUAGAGUGUGGACACAUUUGUGGGCUGAAGGUGUAUAUCGUGUUUGAUUUGUUGAGUAAUUCCUUAAUCACGGAUUGUCUUUUUGCCUUUUGGUAAGUUGAUCAAGCUGUCACCUUCACGUCUUUA